ACUCUGAGGGCUCCUCAAAAGAGACUGCGAUCCCUCAGUGCAGCAGCAACUGCAGCAGGCGCUGCAGCUGCUACUGGAGGCUCUCCUCCUGCUGCUGUUGCUGCUUCUGCGGUUGCUGUCGCUGUCGCUGCUGCUGCUGCUUCAGCCGCUGCUGCUGCUGCUGCUGCUGCAGCCGCUGCUGCUGCCAUGGAGAGGCGAGAUGUUGAUAAGGAGACAGAGUCUGAAGAAGCCGCCGGACUAACAACCGAAGCAGAAAGCGAGGCCCCUGUGUACGACUUUAAGAGCGACGAUGAAGCCCCUGAACCCCGUCUGGUACGAUGGCAUCGGGUGGAGGCCCCUGCUACUCCUGCUGCUGCUGCUGCUAGCAGCAGCAGCAGCAGCAGCAGCAUUUUAGUUCCAGGGUUUACUGCAGCAGAGCUGCAGGGCCUCAUCUGUAGGGCGAGUGCAUGCAGCCCCGUCUUGGCGACUCUCGGGUCUGCCGUAUUACCUGCAUUUGUUGAAGCCGCGCUGCGGUGUAUGGUGGGCGGCGAAGUGUCUUUGGUUUGCUGCCAGCAGCAGCAUCUGCUGCCAAGGGAGUACGAGCUGUCUCCGCAGCAUGUUGCUGCUGCUGCUGCUGCUGCUGCUGCUUCUGCCGGGAAGCGCAGCGCCCCAACCAUCAGCAGCAGCAGCAGCAGCAGCAGGGCCUAUGCAGCUCUGCACAAGCUCUCUAUUCACGCUCAACGAAGAGCCACCAGACGCAUAACAAAGCAAAGGAGGAGACACAUGGAGGUGCGGCAGCAGCAGCAAGAGCAGCAGCAGCAGCAGCAGCAAGAGCAGCAGCAGCAACAGGAAGAGCAGCCGCAGCAACGGAAGCAACAGCAGCAACAGAUCAGUCACGCAAAAUGCGCUACCGUCCCUUCUGCCGACUGCUGCAGCUGCUGCUGGACACCAACCGCCUAUGCAGCAGCAGCAGCAGCAGCAGCAACAGCAACAGCAACAACAGCAGCAGCAGCAGCAAGAGCAGCAGCAGGAGGGAAGAGUGUUUGCUUUGUGGUAGAGCUGCUAGCAGUAGGUCGCCUGCUGCGCCCCGGCGAGAGCAGCAGCAUUGUUGUGUCUCCUCUUGUCUCUGUCAGGGCCUCUAAAUACGCAAGGGAAGGAGACCUGCUGCUGCUGCAGCUUGCUGCUGUUUGCUGCUACCGUAGCUGCCAGCAGCAGCAACUCUACACCUUGUGCAGCGCGCUGGGGAUCAGCAUCACCAACGAACUGCAGCAGCAGCUGCAGCAGCAGCAGCAACUGCAGCAGCAGCAACACGGCAAACAGCCACGAGCCCCUGCUGCUGCUAAUGCAGCACCAACAGCAGCUUCAACAGCAGCAGCUCCAGCAGCAACAGCAGCAGCAGCGCAGCUUGUGCAUGCAUUUGAAGUGCCUCUGAGUGUCUCUGCUCUUCCUUUUACAGAUUUGCUGCUGCCCCUUAAACAUAUGCGUGAAGGAGACGCCGUUGUUGUCAGAAUUCAAAGUGCUGCUGCACUCUCUCUGCUGCAGCAGCUGCAGCAGCAGCAGCAGCAGAAACAGCGGCGGCAACCUCACCUUCCAGAUUCCUGCUGCAGCAGCAGCAUUAAUAGUAGCAGCAGCAGCAGUAGUAGUAGCACUAGCAGCAGCAGAAGCGAAGCAAGCCACACAGGACACGUUGAUCUGCAGUGUCUCUGCAGCAGCUGCAGCAGCAGCAGUAGCAACAGCCUUAUGCAGCACCCCGCAGCAGAAGCAGCACCAACGGAAGCAGCAGCAGCAGCAGCGAGAUCAGGCCCACCACCAGCAGCAGCAGCAGGAAUCGGAGGAGAAGAAGCAGCUCCAGCAGCAAGAGGAUCAGCAGCAGCAACAACAACAACGGGAGCAGCAGCAGAAGCAGCAGCAGCAGCAGCAGCAGCAGGCAGCAGCUGCUGCACCUUCAGGGAUAUGACUCCUCCUUGUUCUGAUGCUGUUUGUCUCUUCCUCCGUUUACUCAGCUGCCGACGUUCUCAAGAAAUACAAAUACCCUCCCCCAUCUCCUUAAACACUACAGCAGGGGUUUUGCGUUACUGCCUACUGCAGCAACAGCAGCAACAACAACAACAGCAGCAACAGCUGCCUCUGGCAAGGAGUUCAGCAGCAGCAGCUCCUGCUGCUGCUGCUGCUGCUGCUGCUGCCGCAUCACACCCCAUAUUUGCUGACGAGAACACGACGGUGCUGAUCCGUCUGCGGCUUGACCUGGAUGUCUUCUUGCCGUGUAGUACAGCAGCAGCAGCAGCAGCAGCAGCAGAUCCAGCUGCUGCUGCUGCAGCGGGGGCUUCUGAAGAAGGCCCACCUCAAAAUAUGCUGCACACCGCUGCACUGCAGCAGCAGCGCCUGCCGCUGCUGCCUCUUCUUUUUUCUUCUUCUGCGCCGAGCUAUUUAGAGGCUGCGGGAGACAUUAUUGUACACCCGGCGCAGCAGCAGCUGCAGCACCAGCAACAGCAGCAGCAGCAGCAGCAGCAGUAUGUUUGGAUGCUUCUUUCCUUGUCUUCUGUCUCAGCAAUCCCUCUGUGGCUGCGCAGUUUGCUGCUGAAGCUGCCUUUAGGGAGCGCAGCAGAGUUUCUGUUGCCGCCGGAGCUGCUGCUGCUGCAGCAGCCGGAGCAACAACAACAACAGCAGCAGCAGCACGACAUAGAGAGGGUAGAAGGAGUGCCAGUCACAGAAUGGGAGGGAUUAUGGUUGCUGCAGCUGCUCGAGGGAAAGGAGGAACAGUGUAACGGAGAAGCAGCAGCAGCAGCUGCUGCUGCUGCUUCUGGUGCAGCCUCACAGCAGCAGCAGCAGCACGAUCAGCAGCAGCACGAUCAGCAGCAGCUGCCUCAGUCUGGGUUUGCUGCUGCAGCAGCAGCAGAGCUUAGAGAAGUGAUAAAGGCCCUGAGGUGUAUAGAGAGAAGCGAAUCUGCUGCCGUCCUCCCCCGUCUCCUUUGCUACACGCCAGACAGGCUGAAGCAAACGCUGCUGCUGCUGCUGGAGAAGCAGCAGCAGCAGCAGCAGCAGCAGCAGAAGGGCAACGAGCAGAUUGUGUUUGGGCCCGAAGGGCUGCAGCUAACCUGUCGAGGCACCGUUUACUUUGCAGGCAUCAUAGGAAGGCGUGCUGACUACUGGGCUCUGAGCGGAGAAGAGAAGUCAGCGUUAGGUGCUGCUCUUAGGGCAGAAGGAAAUCGUCUGUUCAAGCACGGGUGGAUUGGUGCUGCCCUAUGUGAGUACAAGAAGGGUUUAGAUAUUUGCCGGAUCUCUGCUGCUUACCCCGUGCUGCUGCAGCAGCAGCAGCAACAGCAGCAGCAGCGUUUGCUGCUGCAAGGCGGAGCUUCUUCCCUGUCUGGCCAGGGGCCCCUUGGCAGCAAAUCUGAGUUAUCGAUUGCUGCUGCACAGUCUCUUUGCUGCAGUUUGUCUCUAAAUGCAGCAUCUUGCUGCCUCAAGCUGAAGCAGUAUAGAGAGGCAUCUCAGCACUGCGACGUAGCCUUGGCCUGCGCAGCACACAACUGCAGCAGCAGCAGCAACAGCAGCAGCAGCAGUAGUAGUAGCAGCAAUGACAAUAGCAGCAGCAGCAGCUGCUGCACUGAUAGCAGUGGGGGGUCGCAGCAAGAAGACAGAGCGGCGACUGCCUCCCGGAGGGAGCAGCAGCAACAGCAGCAACAGCAGCAGCAACAGCAGCAGCAGCAGCAGGUGUUUGAUGCUGCAAGGUCGCAGCAAAUUGCUUAUCACCGCAAGGCCCUGGCGCUGCAGCAGCUAGGAGACACUGAUGCCUCUCUUCGUGCAGCACGUGCUGCUGCUGAGCUGGCGCCAAAGGACAGACAAAUACGGCGGGAGUGCGGCACCGAGUUGAAUGAGAAUAUUGUUGCUGCUGCUGCUGCAGGCUCUGCUGCUGGAGCUGCAGAGAGAGAAGCAAAAACAGCAGCAGCAGAGAGCUUCUUUUAG